UCAGCCGUUGUUGCGCCUGGGUCUCUGUCGCCGGUUAAGGAUCAAAGUUGUAGUAGGAUUCGAGUGCAUCCCGGGGAUUGAUUAAUGGAGUUUAAUUUGAAUUGUGUGAAAAGUUAAUUAGUUUUGAGUUUUGUUUAAAAGGAGCCGGGCAGGGUUUUCUUUAAAUCUGGUAUAGGCAAAAGCUUGGGGGACAUGUAGCCUGUUGAGGAUAUGAGUGCAGUCGUCCGAAAUCCAAGUCGUGCGGUUCGGUAUAAGCACAGUCAGUGAGGAACCGUUUUUUACUAUUUCACAAAAAUUCACAAUAACGUAAACCCGGUCGUAAAAAAUCAUUCGAUUACACUUUCACUCAGCAAAACGUAUUACUCAUCGGAAUCUUCGAAAAGCUACAAUUUUUUAAUAAGUAUCUCCUGUAGUGAAUGUGCCUAUUUUUAGUGUGUGACUUUUUUAAAAAAAUCCAGUGCCUGUUAUAAUUCCAAGAAAUUCUGUCUGAUUGUGAAUCAUCUCGUUUUGUUUUUCGUUCGUCUCUCGAAACUCUGCAGAAACUCAUGCUCGCGGCAAAUAGAUCGCUUCAACGUUAAUUUAUGUUUCCGACUAACGACCACGUUCAAGGAUUCAAUUGUAAAACGUGAAAAUUCCUCUAUCAAUUGCUCAUUGCUGGGGAAUUCCCGAGACAGUGUACAGCCAUUGCCUCGACCGUUAUCCUUGAAAAUAUCUUUAACAAUUGACGUCCAACUAUUGUUGAAAAUCGGUCAAAAUAGAUACAAGCAAGUACCCCCCGAAAAGACGUUGAACAGACAACGACGACAGCACGAUCUCUUUACGCAAUGAACAAGAGUUGAUGGUCGCCCGCUUAACAAUCUUCUGUGGUUUUUCUGAGAAAACCGUUUCUGGUUUUGGCGAUCGCGAGUGUGAUUCAAAGGAAAAAUGAAUAUUUUGUGCAAAACUGCACGACAGUUACGGUGAAGUGACGUGAAACGCACGUCCAUCUCAUCAAGGUGAAAAAUUUCAGAAAAAUAAUUAUUAUGCGAUGUGCGAAUUGUGCGACAAUCGAGUUUGUAAACAAAUGAUAACCACCAGCUCGACUAGGUGCUGUGCAGUGCGGGCGUAAGUGAACUCCUCAUUUCGAAUGCUCUUCAAACAGAGAAAUUACUGGAAUAUGUAUGAAAAUGACCCGGAAAUCGAGAAGACGCCGAAAGAAAGUGAUGCCGAGGUGGAAAAGAAGGAUGAAGAGGAAGUGCUUGAGAAGGACGAGGAGGAUAUCCUGGACCUAGAGGUUCAGCAAGUGCUUAGCGGUAGUGUACCUAGCAAUAAGAGCAGUGAUGAGGAACCCGAGGAAGAGGAAGACAACGACGCCCUGGUGAUGGUCCCUUCUGAUCCUAACGAGUGGACUGCGGAACAUAUAAGCAACUGGUUGAAGUGGAUCACGAAGAAAUUUGAAAUUGAUCCUCAACCCGACCUAUCCAGGUUUCCAACGACGGGGAAGGAGUUGUGUGCAAUGACGCGAGCCGAUUUUUGGGUAUGCGCAGGAUCACGGCAAGGCGGAAUUAUUCUGGCGAAACAUUUUGCGCAUUGGUUGCAUAGUGGUACAGGACGAGCGACUAGUCCUUUUUUGAAUGAUAAUGAGCCAAAUCCGUAUCAGCUGCUGAACGCUGCCUCGCAUCGAUUGGUCUCGCAGGGCUCGGGCCAGAUCCAAUUGUGGCAAUUCCUGCUGGAGCUGCUUUCGGAUUCGUCGAACGCCGCCUGCAUCACAUGGGAGGGAACGAAUGGCGAGUUCAAGCUCAUCGACCCGGACGAAGUGGCGAAACGUUGGGGCGAGCGCAAAGCCAAGCCCAACAUGAAUUACGAUAAACUGAGCAGAGCGUUAAGAUACUACUACGAUAAGAAUAUCAUGACCAAAGUACACGGGAAGCGUUACGCUUAUAAAUUCGACUUCCACGGCUUAAUGGCUGCGUGUCAAGCACAAGCUCAAGGAUGCGAGACUGCAAGUAGCAUGUUGACCGCUACAUCGUACAAACAUCAUCCAGGACUACAGGCAAGUGAUUUGGCUGCACAAACACUGGGCUAUGCAACAUCUCCAGUUACAACAUCCGGUAUCGUGCGACCCAGCACAAUGACGCAGGCUACAACGUCCACUGCAAGUACUUUCAUUCCAAGCACAUCGUACUGGCCGUACCCACCUCCGAAUUUCGAGCCUCGUCCGCCGACAACGAACUUUUAAUUCGUCCUCAGGCCACAAUUCAGCAUAACCAAUUCUCAUAUCCUUGAAGAGAUAUUUAACUAUGCUUCGAACUGUACAUAUCUAAUAGCAUGAAUCGUGUUUCCCUCACUCAACCAUACAAACGUGUACAUACAUACAACUUUGUCACUCUAUUAUCGAAGACAAUGGGCUACGGAAGGUUCCCUGGAAGCGAUGCGAUCCCACCCUUUUGAAAUAACGUUCCUAUGAAUCCUCAUCAACUAAGUACUUAGUUUAAUUACGGUUUAAUAUGUAAUGUCCAGUGUUAAACAAAUUUACUAGUCCCAGUCUGGACUUCACGUACCUUAACAGACGACGAAAGCUCUCCCCGGCAGGACCAAUUCCAAAGGAUGAAAGAAGGUUCACUUCGUCUUAGUCUUAUAGCGAUUUAAGCCUCUCACGCUGAGACGUUUAUUGCUUGUAUGAAUCCAUCUUUAAUGGAACUAAUUACGGAUGGACAGUGCUUGUUGCUGACGCUGGGAGAGGCUUUGAAGGCCAUAAUGUUCCAAGGACAACCAUUUACUUGCCUCCGACUCGUUGUUCGGCGGACUAUGGGCUGGAAUGUCUGAAAUGAAUGGAAGUAUUUGUAAUUUUAAGGCUCUCGAUUUGAAAUUGAAUUAGUUUUAAAGACAGAUUUCAAUGUAAGCAUUAAAUGUACAACAAAGUAUAAUUGUCAUACAAUUAUCCUUCUAACUGUAAUUUAUAACAUAUUAUUGUAAAAUUAUAUUGAAUAAUGUUGAAUUGUUAGUGGUAGGUUAUGUGAAAAUUAUUGUUUUUAUUAAUUUUGUUUGUAAAUAGAUAAUGUUGCCAAUUUAAAUCCAUAAUAUAAAUA